AUGCUGUCCACCAACGGAACUGCUCCCGUCAAUGGGACUACCAACUUCCUUGACUACAGCAAGGCUCUGGAGCUCCUCAAGCAGUACGAGUCUGGUGAUGGCCUCAGCAUCGAGGAGCUGAUGGACACCAAGCAGCAUGGUGGCCUGACGUACAACGAUUUUUUGAUCCUGCCUGGCUACAUCGGCUUCCCGGCGUCGGACGUUAUGCUCGACUCCCCGGUGACCAAGCGGAUUGCCAUCAAGACACCUUUCCUGUCUUCGCCCAUGGAUACCGUCACGGAAGCCGAGAUGGCUAUCGCCAUCGCUUUGCAGGGCGGCUUGGGUGUUGUUCACCACAACUGCUCCCCCGACGAACAAGCAGACAUGGUGAGAAAGGUGAAGAGAUACGAGAACGGCUUCAUCGUCGAUCCCGUCGUCAUCAGCCGACAGACUACCGUGGGAGAGGCCAAGGCCUUAAAGGAGAAGUGGGGAUUUGGAGGUUUCCCAGUCACUGAGUCUGGCAAGAACGGAUCGAAACUGCUUGGCAUAGUCACCAACCGUGACCUACAGUUCGAGUUCGACUCCGCGCAAACUGUGGAAAAGGUUAUGGUUACGGACCUGGUCACCGCUGAAACAGGUAUCGAUCUCCUUGAAGCCAACAGAAUCCUGGCCAAGUCGAAGAAGGGAAAGCUCCCAAUUGUCGACAAGGACGGCAACCUCAUCUCCAUGGUUUCUCGUUCCGACUUGACCAAGAACCUCCACUUCCCUCUUGCCUCCAAGCUGCCCGACUCUAAACAACUUCUAUGCGCCGCCGCAAUUGGCACCCGGCCCGAGGACAAGACCCGUCUGAAGAAGCUCGUUGAUGCUGGCCUCGAUGUGGUCAUUCUUGACAGCAGCCAAGGUAACAGCAUGUAUCAAAUCGACAUGAUCAAGUGGAUCAAACAAGAGUUCCCGGACAUCGAUGUCAUUGGCGGAAACGUCGUGACACGCGAGCAGGCCGCCAGCUUGAUUGCCGCUGGCGUCGACGGGUUGCGAAUUGGGAUGGGCAGCGGAAGUGCCUGCAUUACACAGGAAGUCAUGGCUGUUGGCCGACCCCAGGCCGCUGCUGUGCACUCUGUCUCUUCCUUCGCUGCUCGAUUCGGCGUUCCCUGCAUCGCUGAUGGAGGUAUCCAGAAUGUUGGCCACAUCGUCAAGGGUCUCGCGCUCGGCGCUUCUACGAUCAUGAUGGGUGGCCUCCUGGCUGGUACUACCGAGUCCCCUGGCACCACUUUCCAGUCCCGAGAAGGCAAGAUUGUGAAGGCCUACCGUGGGAUGGGAUCUAUUGAUGCUAUGCAAGAUAAGAAGGCCGGUGCUGGUAGCAAGGACAGCCAAGCCAGCAACGCAGGUACUGCUCGUUAUUUCUCCGAAGGUGACAGCGUCCUCGUAGCUCAGGGCGUUGCAGGUGCUGUGGCUCACCGCGGCUCGGUCAAUAAGUUCGUACCAUACCUCGCGGCAGGCCUCAAGCACUCUAUGCAAGAUGCCGGCAUCAAGAGCCUGAAAGAGCUGCAUGAGUGUGCAGCCAACGGCACCCUGCGUGUUGAACUCCGUACCGCAAGUGCUCAACUUGAAGGGGGGGUCAACAUGGACAGCUUCGAGAAGAAGCUUUACGCAUGA